AUGACCGAAACGCCUAUAACAAAAUUUCCGUAUGAGCUUGAUUCUUUGACGUGGCUCGACCCGGAACAUUCUGUGAAUCUUGAAGGCGUUUACUGCUACUGUGGACAGGAUAAAGAAUUGGAUGAACCAAUGCUAGAAUGUGAAAAAUGUCGCCAAUUGUUUCAUUCAAGAUGUGUUAAUACUCUACCAAAACCUUUAAUUGCCGGAGACACAUUCUACGAGUUUCAAUGUUCAGUUUGCAGACAGGGUCCACAAAAGUUUAAGCGUCUAUCGAUGAGCUGGUGGUGGAAAGAUGAAAUUUGCAAAUUUAUUGAAGGGUACUGGGACUAUCUUGCUCCUUCGAAGACUAAGUAUAGUACGUGGAACAACACCGUUGCAAGUGUUUUAUCUAUUCACACAGAAUUUGUAUCUGGAUCUAGUAUGAUGCAUCAAACAGGUUGGUGGACUCUACGUGAUAACGUACCACCCGAAAAGAAAGACAGUUCAAAAUCAAAAUCUGCUACCAAAAAAAUCGGCGCAGCCACGUCAUCUAAUUCAUUAAAGAGGAAGCAUACAGGCGACAAAGAUGAUUUUUACUCGUUCUCAAUACGGGAUGUGAAACAAAAGCAAAUGAAUCCACAGAGUGUAGAUUCUUGUGACCUAGAGAGAAUUGUGUCGCGUUUAUAUUAUUACUCGAAAGCAAAUAAUCGAAAAGAUCAUCAAAGUGAUAAUGACUACUUGAUUGAGACAUCGGAAUCUCCACGCGAACAUUUUUUGAAGGAUCCUGGAUCAUCAUCGUCACUAUCAUCACAAAUUCAAAGUUCUUUAUGCGAUAAUAAAACUACCAAUCUCACUGUUGUUACUACUAUGGGUGAAAAGGACUCGACACAUGUGAAACCCGAGGAGGUUGAUACAAACAAAGGACCACGAUUACGACUGAUAAUCAAGUCGACAGAUAAUAAGACACACGAUGGUUCUCUUGUGAAAGAGGUUUCCAGUAUAAUUGAGGAUCCUGAUAAGAGCGAAAAGCAAAAUAAAAAGAAACGUAAAAAGCCAUUUAAAAAGUUUAUCAUGCUGGAUGAGCGGGAGGAAUGGGAAUUAUUACAGAGACUUGAUAAUUCGCGGACUCCGUUGUCACCUAAAGCCUUAAAACGUGGCUUGGGACUGCAAAUCUUUGAUUUAGAUGAUACGGUGACGCAACAUCUCAAAUCAAAUGCUGAGCUAGAGCCGAUCGCAACAACAGCAUCAAUUGAUAUAAAGAAGCAACCAAAGGUCGAGACUGAUAUUAAGGAAACAAAACUGGAAGCUGUAAAUCAAGAGGGGGAUAAAAAGAUAGAAGAUAAUAGGGUCCUUGAAAAGCUUUCUCACACACCGUAUGAAAACUCGUUCGCAUCACGACUAUAUGGCAUUCCACGACUUGCAACCACCCUCACAUCAAAAGAAACGUGGUCCAGUCCUUACCAUGGCAGAAAAUUGCGACCUUACAUUUACAGAGAUUAUGAAAUGAGGCCUUCGAAAUUAAAAUUAUUAGAAGAGAUAGUUUCUCAUGCUCACAGAAAUGAUAAUGAAUGGCAGCCUCCGCCAUCAAGCCCCAUAGAUUUCUGCAACUUUCAAAAAACUCAUCUCAAGCAAGUCAACGAUUUACUGCAGAGAUGCUUUUGGCCUGGAAUUGAUGUUACCGAAAAUUUAUUGUUUCCGGAUUAUAGCGUCGUUGCGUUGUAUAAACGCUUGGUAGUUGGCUGUGCGUUUAUGACCCCGGAAUCUUACAUUACAUAUGUUGCCGUUGCGUCAGGUUGGCAAAAAUCUGGCAUAGGAAAAUUUAUGCUUUAUCACAUUAUUCAGAACAAUAGUGGGAAAGAUAUUACACUACAUGUCUCCGCCAAUAAUCCUGCUAUGGCAAGUUUCAAACCUGAGGAAUUUAUUGUUAAUUUCUAUGACAAGUAUCUUCCGCCGGGUAGUUUUGAAUGCAAGAAUGCCUUUUUUGUGCGAUUACGACAAUGA